AGAAGAAGAAGAAGAAGAAGAAGUUUUCCCCACAGACUGUAAACAGUAGACUACUUUGUACAGAGGCAGUCCACGAGAACGCGCAGUGUGUACGCGAUGUGUGUGACGCAGGACGUAGAGCCCCGCCCUUACGUCCUGCGUCACAUGCUCGUUUUCAGUGAGUCCCAUAGAAGCAGUUAGCCGGUUAGCUGUGAGUUUAGCCGGUUAGCUGUGAGUUUAGCCGGUUAGCUGUGAGUUUAGCCGGUUAGCUGUGAGUUUAGCCGGUUAGUUGUGAGUUUAGCCGUCUGCUAACAGGCUAAACACAGAGAACGAACCCCGACUUUUACGAAGAAGAAGGAAAACAGAAAGUACUGGACACCAUUUGGAAAAGUGAUGUUACACAGAGCAGGCGUCCAGCAUUGGGUGGUGGUUAAACAAGAGGAACCCAAUGAGAACCAGAACCCCAGACUGGACCAGGAGGACCAGAACCCCCAUCUGGACCAGGAGGACCCAGAACUGGCCCACAUUAAAGAGGAGCUGUGGACCAAUCAGGAAGGUCUGAUGGAGCUGAUCCCAGUUCCAGAGUGUUCUGCAGACGUCAUCCAGCUGUCGGUGGUUAAAGAAGAGAUUCCCACUGAGCAGGAGGACUGGGGACCAGGUCUGGACCAGGAGGACCCAGAACCAGGCCUCAUUAAGGAGGAACAGAAGGAGGUGUGGACCAGCGGAGGACCAGAGGAGGCGGCGCUCACCACGUUCACGCCCACUCCCGUCCCCAUGAAGAGCGAAGAUGACGAGAAACCUCAGUCCUCACAAGUCCUUCAAACAAAACCUGAGGAGAACCAGGAGGACCAUGGAGGACCAGAACCAGACGUGAACCCAGUCCACAUGAGGGACUUAAACAGCAGAUCUGACCCAGACUCAGACUCAGGACGUCCAUUCUCCAAGUCCAAGAGUAGAAAAACUUUGGAUGAGUUGCAGAGUUCUUUGGAGGCGUACGCAGACGCUACGCCACACAGAACAUUUGGUUCUUCUGCACGAGCUACAACAUCGUCUCAAAAGAAAAACUCAACACGUCACAUGACAGACAGCACCAACGAAUGCGGUAACGUCAGGAAUAAUGACACGGAAGGUCAAACCAAACCACAUGAGUGCUCCGAGUGCGGUCACGCUUUUGGAAAGAGGUCAGAUUUGAAGAGACAUCUGAGAAUUCACAGCGGAGAGAAACCCUUCAGCUGCUCCCACUGCGGCGCUGGUUUUACACAGAAGUCCAACUUAGACAAUCACAUGAGAAGUCACACAGGAGAGAAACCCUUUUACUGUUCAGACUGCGGUUCAGGCUUUACCCUCAAGUCCAGUUUAAACAUUCACAUGAGAGUCCACACAGGAGACAAACCCUUCACGUGUUCGGUUUGUCAGAGGCGUUUUCGACACAACAGCAGUUUCAGGACGCACAUGGCGACGCACACGGGAGAGAAAACCUUCAGCUGUUCAGAAUGUGGCGCAGCGUUUACACGGAAGUCAAACCUAAACAGACACACGAGAGUCCACACGGGAGAGAAACCGUACAGUUGUGUAGUCUGUCAAAACACUUUAGUAUUAAAAUCGUCAGUGCGGUGCCCUUCAGAGGCCCCCACCGGCGCCUUGGACUUUAGCCAAGGUUACUAUGGAAACGCAGCCCUGAAGGAGAGGCUGAUGGGAAAUACGCCGACUCCCAUCGAAGACAGAGGAGAGAGAGGCUGA